CCGGGGCCUGCGCUGGAGGGUCUGCUCUGUGUUUACAGAGUGAUACUGGCUGCACUAAAGUUCGCUUAGUGGGAGCGUUGGGUUUGGCGGGUAGGGGUUACCAUGUUUCAAGUGUGUUAGUGGCAGAGAAGAGACACGGUUAAGCAGCGAUGGCGCUUUCUCAAGAUACCUUUAUGCUGUAUUUUAAAAAACGCGUAGGUUUGCAUUGGCUAAGCGAGAGAACCCGUGCCGCGACUUGCCCACUUUGUAUCUAAGCCGCGACCCCCUAUAGCCAAGGGGACCUGGCUCCCUGAGCGCGGGUUCCAGUGGACGCCACGUGUUAAUAAGGGCAUAUUUUGGUCAGUGUCUCCUCAACGGUGUGCCAGCUAUGGCCAGUGCCAUUGCUUCAAGGAUGAGAUUGAGCUCCUUAAAACGAAAGCAGCCCAAAACAUUCGGUGUGAGGAUAGUGACGAUGGACGCCGAGAUGGAGUUCAGCUGUGAGGUCAAAUGGAAAGGAAAAGAUCUAUUUGAUCUGGUUUGUAGGACACUUGGACUUCGUGAAACCUGGUUCUUUGGACUUCAGUACCAUGUGAAGGAUACCAUAGCAUGGCUCAAAAUGGACAAAAAGGUUUUACAUCAUGAUGUUUCCAAAGAGGAACCAAUUACCUUCAGUUUCCUUGCUAAGUUUUACCCAGAGAAUGCAGAGGAGGAGCUUGUCCAGGAAAUUACACAGCAUCUUUUUUUCCUGCAGGUGAAAAAGCAGAUUUUAGACGAAGACAUCUUUUGUCCUCCCGAAGCAUCUGUUCUGCUGGCGUCAUAUGCUGUCCAGGCUAAGUAUGGAGACUAUGAUCCUAAUGUACAUAAGCCUGGUUUCUUAGCCCAAGAGGAACUUUUACCAAAACGGGUUAUAAACCUUUAUCAAAUGACUCCAGAGAUGUGGGAAGAGAGAAUAACAGCCUGGUAUGCAGAGCACAGGGGCAGACCAAGAGAUGAAGCAGAAAUGGAAUAUUUGAAAAUAGCACAAGAUCUUGAGAUGUAUGGUGUUAACUACUUUUCAAUCCGGAACAAAAAGGGAACUGACUUAUUGCUGGGUGUGGAUGCUUUAGGUCUUCAUAUAUAUGAUCCAGAGAACAAACUUACUCCUAAAAUCUCCUUCCCUUGGAAUGAAAUUCGCAACAUUUCUUACAGUGAUAAAGAGUUUGCAAUAAAGCCACUUGAUAAAAAUAUAGACGUUUUCAAAUUUAACUCUUCGAAGUUAAGAGUCAAUAAAUUGAUCCUUCAGUUAUGUAUUGGAAAUCAUGACCUCUUUAUGAGAAGGAGAAGGGUGGACUCUCUGGAAGUGCAACAAAUGAAGACUCAAGCAAGAGAAGAAAAAGCAAGGAAGCAAAUGGAAAGGCAGCGCUUGGCUCGAGAAAAACAGCUGAGAGAAGAAGCAGAGCAAGCACGAGAUGAGCUAGAGAGAAGACUUCUGCAAUUACAAGAGGAGGCCCAGAUGGCCAAUGAAGCCCUGUUGAGGUCAGAGGAGACUGCAGACCUCCUAGCCGAGAAGGCCCAGAUUGCAGAAGAGGAGGCCAAGCUCCUUGCACAAAAAGCAGCUGAAGCUGAGCAGGAGAUGCAGAGGAUCAAAGUGACUGCCAUUCGUUCUGAGGAAGAGAAAAGGCUGAUGGAGCAAAAGGUAUUGGAAACAGAGAUGCUGGCACUCAAAAUGGCAGAAGAGUCCGAACGAAGAGCCAAAGAGGCAGAACAGCUGAAGCAAGAUCUGCAGGAAGCACGAGAAUCAGAGCGUAGGGCAAAACAUAAGCUUCUGGAGAUUACAAGCAGGUCACCAUAUACACCAACCAAGUCCAAUACAAAUGCUAUGGCAUUGGAAGCUCCCAGCUUCAACUUCAACCCUGAGAACCUCUCCUUUGAUUUUAAGGAUACUGAUAUGAAACGACUUUCCAUGGAGAUUGAGAAGGAGAAGGUGGAAUACAUAGAGAAAAGCAAACACCUUCAAGAACAACUUAAUGAACUUAAAACAGAAAUUGAGUCAUUGAAACUGAAAGAACGGGAGACUCCUUUAGACAUCUUGCACAGUGAAAGCUCUGAGAGAGGUGGAAGUAAGCAGAGCACCAUUAAAAAGCCUCCGAAGACUGGUCUGUAUUACAGAUACCACUUGAGUUGACCUUUAAAGCUCACUCUACAAAGCACUAAGUCCAGAGUUGCCUUUUUUGAGGAACUCUAACAAGUCCAAGUUUUCCAGUGGUCAUCUAUUUCAGUGAUAAUCAGAAUGUCAUUGUGGAGACAUGUUGGUGACAUCCAUGGGACUGUUAAGUGGUACUUUUCAAAACUGUAGGGGAAGAGGAGACCUGAAAUCUGAGUGCUGUUUACAUUCUGAGAUGUUUACAUCCAGCAACUGGGAGAUAAUUAGUUACUCCCACGUAAGAAAAAUUUCUUGUGGCAGGUAAUCACUAAACCUGCACUUUCCAGUAUCCCAAUGUAUCAAUGUAUUAUUCAGGGGUGUAGAAACAUUAACAUUUGGCACUUCAGUAUUUUUGUCAAUGGCAGAAAGGGAGUUUUUAAAAUUUAUAUAUAUAUAUAUAUAUAUAUAUAUAUAUAUAUAUAUAUAUAUAUAUAUAUAUAUAAAUCAUCCUUUGUAAAACUUGACAGUGCAGCACAUUUUUAAGAACUGACGUGUCGACAAUCCCUUAAUAAAAUCCAGGUCCUAGCAAAGGAGACUGAGAACCAGAAUUUUCAAUUUGUAUGACUCUGCAGCAAGAGGAAGAAAAACGGUGUUAUUGUCAUUUACCCGCAUGUUGUCAUACCUGCUACUAAUUUUUUUGCACACAUUUUUGUAUUUGAAAGUAAUUAUAGGAAAAAGCUCAUCUGAUUGGAAAUGAGGUGCUUACUUAAUAUCUAAAUGGACAGAUAUUCCUUUGUACCAGUACGCCUGCAGCAAUUUUCCACUACCUUCUUUUUUGCUAUAUGUUUUUUCCCCCCGUUUUUAUUAUUAUUAUUAUUAUUCAAGAGGAGAAUUAAAUCAUUUGAAAGUCCUGCCUUUGGUUUAUUUUCCUUCAAAAUUCUAAUAAUGGAUUUAAAAACACCUUUCCACUUUAUCAUCAUUUCAAACCAUUUCUCAUCUGUCUUCUUAGGUGAGCAUAUGCUGCUUUUGUAUUUGUUGUGCUCCAUAAAAUAAAUCCACAGUAUGUGAGGGCUUAUCCCAGUAUACCCAAGACAAAAGAUGUUUCAUGAAGCUUGGGAGAGGAGAGGGGUACUGUAUAUUUUUAACCAGAUCUUCAUCUUGAAACUCUCUGGGACAUUUUGACACUACAAUAAUUUAUGUCAGUGCCAACUGGUCUGCACUAACAGCUUCUGCCUAAAGGGGGUAAAAUUAGAAGUUUGGAUUUAAUUUGAUUGCAGCUCAGGUUUAAGAAAAACAAAUGUACAAAAACAAUCAUUUUUUAAUCAAUUGUCAUCUAGUGCUACUGUGAAUUUAUGCUGUUUUGAUAUUAUGAUAUUUUACAGGCUCUACUAUUUGUAUGACUAAAAAAUAGACAAUUCAGAUUUUUACUUACUUGAAUCUCCUCACCCAUGACAGUCUAAUCAUUAUUACGAUUACACUAGAGUUACAUCUGAAUAUAUUUAUCAGGUUGGGGAAAAUGAAGAAAGUGUAUUUUGAGCUACAAGUAUUUUAUGUUUGCUCACCCAAUACAGACCCCUCUUAAUUACAUGUAAAUGCAUCCUGUCGAUCUCUCUGAACCUUAGGAAAAUGUCUAUUGGUUGUCAUGAUCUUUAUUUGUUAAGACUUGGUUUUUGUAUGAAAAAUUGCACAAUUUGUAAAAUGAACUUCUUCCCCUGGUUGGUCCAGAACAGUUCUGCUCUUUGUAUAGUACUGUAGCACCUAAUACCUGUCCCAUGACCAACAUUGUUGUUGUUGUUUUUUUUUUUUAAUUUUCAUAGUGCCUCAUUUUUAUCUGUCUACCAGCAGGAAUAUUUUAAAUAUUAUAUGUAUGGUUUUGCCAGUACAUGUGACAGCAUUUGUACAAUGGUUUGAAUGUAUUUUAAAAUUAUCUAUACAUAUUUCUUUUAACAUUAUUAUGUUAUUAUUAUUGUUAUUACUAUUGUACUCUGAAUGUUUAGUUGAUCAAUUAGCAAUCUUUUAAAAAGGGAUGGUAACUGGUUUUCAGCACAAACCAGCAAUAAGUAAAAGCUCACUGCAAGAAAAAGAGAGCAGUGCUCCGUUUAAGAAUACAAGAAAUUGGCAACAAUGGCCUACUAAUAGAAGUCUCUUUGGACAGCUUUCAACUGAAGCAGUUUGAAGAAAAAUAUCUUCAUGCAGUGUUUUUAGCUUUUUUUAAAGCAGUGGUGACAGCUGUAAUGAGGAUUGUUAAUCAGGCCUCUUUAAGAUGAAUUAAACCAAACUGGAGAAAAAGCUAAUGCCUGUGCAUAUUAAAAUUGAAUACCUUUUUGUAACUGAGUAAAAGUGACUGCUUUCCUGUUAAGUUCUCCAGUUCACACUAUGCCUCAUACCCUUUUUUUCUUAAAUGGUUCUUAAAAAAAAAAAUAAAUAAAUAAAUUAAAAAAGCAGUAUUUUCAAGUGGAAAUUUUAAGGUUCCUUGUGUAAAUGAUAAUAUUCUGUUAUCCUUAUUAAAAUUGGUUUGGUUGGUGGAAUAUUAUUUUUUGUGCCGUUAUGUAGAUACACCAUGUGGCAUCUUGGUGGUAUCCUGCACACUAGGAAAAAGACCAGUAUAAGGGUUUCAUGUUAUUGGGCUGAAAUGAGUGUUUUGAUGACUGUGAUGGUUAAGAACUUUUAAGCUAGAUGCCCAGCUCUGUAAUC